CAGAUGAGCGCAGAAUAUUUAGGCGAAAGCGAGAGGAGGGGGGGAGCGCGGGGCAGGAGGAGUACCUCGGCCAAGAAAAUUAUGCAUGCGUUAGGGAAGCUCUGAGAGAAUGGCUGUGGAAGCGCUCCAGUGUGGUUUGAGUCCGCGGGGUGUUGAUCACGCUGCCCGUGCCGAAGGAAUUAAACUGCAAAUUGAAGGGGAAGGUGAGGAGUCUCAAUCCGUUAAAAACAAAAAUUUCCAGAAGGUGCCUGACCAAAAAGGAGCCCCCAGAUGGCUGCAGGGAGAGACUGAGACAGCAAAGUCAGCUGCAGUGAAGCUGUCAAAACCAGUGGCUCUGUGGACCCAGCAGGAUGUGUGCAAGUGGUUGAAGAAACAUUGUCCAAAUCAGUAUCAGAUCUACAGUGAGUCAUUCAAACAACAUGACAUAACUGGCCGAGCCCUGCUGAGACUCACGGACAAGAAGCUGGAGCGCAUGGGCAUCGCGCAGGAGAACCUGAGGCAGCAUAUCCUGCAGCAGGUGCUCCAGCUGAAGGUGCGGGAGGAAGUGAGAAACCUGCGGCUCCUCACUCAAGGUAAAGGGAAUCGGGGCUGCAGGGAUGGCUCGGUGGUUCAGAGUGCUUCCUGCACAAGCUUGAGGACUGAAGACCUGAGAGCGGCUGAGUUUGACCCUCCAGCACCCAUGGGAACAACCGAGCAUGGCCACACGCCCUUAAACAGCUGGCAGGAGCAAUACACGCCUGUAACCCCAGUUCUCUGGGGAGCAGAAACCUGAGAAUUGCUGGGGCUCCUGCAAGCAUCAAGCUAUGGAAUGAGAGACUCCACCCAAGGGAAAAAGCAGAUGAGCAACGAAGGACUAAGGAUGCUCUCCUCUGCCCCCUUCAUGCACACGCUUCUUCACAUGCAUGUUCAUACCCCCCCCACACACACACAUCCCAUGUGCCACAUAAAAAGAAAAGAAUAUGAUUUUUACUUUCACCCAAAGUCAUAAUAAUCAUAUGAGAACAUGGAAAUGAAAGGACCUAGUAGCUAUAACAAGGACAAAUUAAGCUAUUGCUGCCUAGCAUCACCCAGCUCCAUGUUCUCAUUCUCUUCUCCAAAAGACUCAUCUUGAACCAGAAUGCACUAAUGCCCUUCUCCAAUGGGAUGGACCUCAUUCCUUCCCAAAGCACCGGAAGACAGCACCUGUCAUCACAGUAGCUUUUCUCACUUUGCUGGUAGCAGAGGGGGCACCAUGUGAAAAAGCUCGCCGGAACGACACAGAGGCUUUAAUGUAGAUGGAUAAUGAACACGUUUUACAGACGGUAGGAGAGAUACUUAUUUAGAAAUUGGGUAAGGCUUUUAACCAUCUCUGUUAGCACACCCAGUAAGGGGUCCACAUUAAAGCUAAUAGAACUGUGGCUACUCACCACACUCCCAGGUUUUCUCUGGGGCUAAGUCAGAGCUCUUCCUGACACCCUCCUCAAACAGGUUUCUAAGCUACUGGUCUAUGGAUUGUGUCAUUUUAGAGAAGACUGGCAAAUGGAUGAUCCAUGCCUUCCCGUGACUGGCCUAGAUUGCUACUUUAUACCAAAUGUCAUCAAACCUAUUUCUAAAAAUGCUUAGUGUCUGGUAGAAGACAAAUGUACAUUACAUUUAUUCACUCACCUAACACUGUGUACCUGCUAUGGAGUCGGCCCUGGCCUGGCAGUGGGCUGGGAAUGAAAAGUCAGUAGGAAACAGUAUACCACAAUGCCUCAGCUUCCACAUUCGUAGGAUCUUGGGCCACUGCUCAUUGCAGAGCACAUGAAGGAAGAGUAAUGUCACACACACACACACACACACACACACGGGGUGGGGGGAGGCAGUGCUACAAUUUGAAAGAACAUUGUCUUCUAUAACCUCAUGGGAUCUCAGUUCUUUCUCACUAACACAGCAUGUGAUCUUUCUGGUCUUCUGUUUCUUUAUCUGCAAAACUAGAGGGGAAAAAUGAAUUGUCUGUGGACCCUUUCUGGUCUAUAAUACAACUCCUGGGCCAUAGGAAUAUCUCUGCCUUGGUGUCCAUUAUUUGUCAAAGAGAAAUGAUAUUUGUCCGGUAGCACCACUAGCUGUCUCUGAAAGUGAGUUUAGAUAAUAUAGAAGUUUCCCUAUCAAUGCAGAAGAUGAUAAGAUACCUAAUACAAGUCACUCUAAGGGGAGGAAGGGCUUAUUCUAUCUUACAGUUCCAGGUUACAGUCCAUCAUGGUGGGGAAGGCAUGGCCUUAGGAGCUUAAGCCAACUACUCACGAGCAGUCCCAGUGAGGAAACAGAGCAGAGGGCUAGGAAUGCCAAUGCUCAGCCAGCUCUCUCUCUUUUGUACAGUCCAGGACCCUGGCCUGUAGAAUGGCACCACCCACAGUUAAGGGGGAGAGGGUCUUCCCACCUCAGUUGACCUAAUCAAAAUAAUCCCUUCCAGAUUUACUGGUACACUAACAUAACCUAAGUAAUCUCUCAUCAGCGACUGUAGGAGCUGUCAAGAUGACAAUAGGAAUCAUCACAGAUAGCAUGUAGCAAAGUAAAGUACCCGUGUGAGCUUAAAGUGCUGUUAAGUCUAUGACUGGGAUGUGAUCAUGAACAUGGCACAAAGGCGGUGUUGCAGGUCCUACCCAGGCACGUGGAGUCUACACUCCUGUCACUUAAUCCGUAAGUGUGGAGAUACCUACCCCUGGCCAGGGGGCUGGCAUAGCUCUCAGUAAAUAGUAAGAAUUCUUUGUAGCGAUAACAAAGCACUUGGGGUACA